AUGGUACUGCUAUUCUUGAUGAUACUUAAGAUUGCUUUAGCAGACUUGACCCUUUAUGUAUUUUUUAGCCAAAAUACACCUCAAGCCCUUCAAGCAUAUUUUACAAAAUCUCUUUCUUCUUUAAUAGGAAGUAAAAACUAUUGGGAUAUUCUCUUUUACCAGGUGGAUGAGACAACUGAUUUAUCCAGCUAUUUCGAAAAAGAAGUCCUAAUUUCAUUUGAUGCGACCUACGAUAAUUCCUUAAGUCAAACAAUAUCAGCCCUUACAGAAAAUUACAAUAUUUUGAAUUUUUUCUUUUCUCCAACAAAUCGCCCAUUAGGAUCUUGGCAAUUUUAUAUCCAUACCGAUCCGAAUGAUGAAAUUGCCGCAAUUAAAGCAUUUACGGAUUAUUUGGAAUGAAAAAGAAUUUUAGUCGUGGGUGAUGGCACUAUUGAAGCAAAAAUAAUUGCAACCCAGUUUCAGGAGAACUAUUCAGAAGUUGUUCAAUCACAAAUUACAGUGUCUCCGUCUACAGAGCAAUCUGUUGUAGAUAAUAUUGCAGGUCGUCUUAUAAAGCCAAAUGGCCAGCAAACCUUUGUUGUUGUGUGUGAAGGGGCAAUAAUAAAUAAAUUUACAAGUGCGUUGGUUACGAAAAAGAUCUAUAAGCAAGGAGCAGGCAUUGUUCUAUGGAGCAGAGGAAUAUGGGGCGGAGAUCUUGAUGGAUUGAUUUAUGUCGUUGAAAAAGGCUUGGAAUCUGCCAUAUCGAUGCAACAUUAUGAAGCAUUAGCAUUAAAAUAUUUUACUGAUCAAAUUGGCGAUUAUUGAAAUUCUACCUCAAAUAGUGAAAACCAAGCGAUGAAGAACUUAGAAAUAAAAAAAUAUUUGGAACAGAUUACAAGAAACCAUAAAAAAUUACCUUAUUUUUCGAUUGUAAAUAUUGAUGGUUCGGUGAAAACAACCAAAGGUGAUAUAUAUGGUAAUGAACUUAGCAUAACAGGUGUUAUUCUUUAUCCAGGAAGCUCAACAACAAAACCCAAAAAUUCAAAAACUUCACUGAAAAUGUCAAUAUCGACUAAUGGGUUGGAGUCAGAUGGAACUUAUAAUUCUUAUAACCCUUUAAAUUGCCAAGGAAAUAUUUUUGCGAAAGAAUGAAUAAAUAAUCAGACCUGGAUUCUUGAAAAUUUUGAAAUAGACUAUACGUCAAACACAUGCGGGGUGAGUGUGUUUGUGCAUGACACCGUAUUAAAAUGUUUAACCCCAUUAAUAUCAGAUCUUGGCUAUGUCUGGCUUGGAUCUGAUUGGGCUGCAAGCAAUGUAGGUUAUAUGGCGCUGCUUAUUCUUCAAAUUGAUUGUGAACGCUUUUUUAUCAUUAAUUACUUAUCAAUUUUCAAGCCAAUUUUAAAAGUGCUUAAAGAGGAAAAUUACUUAUUAGUAAAAAAGAUGGUUUAAAGUAUUAUAGUUAAAGCUAAAAUGUUUUUUAAUUUUGAAAUAAUAAUUAAAUAUUAAUUAUAAUGCCCAAAAUAAAAUAUCUUUUACUGCUCAUUAUUAAAAAUAAAAAGUUAGAGAGUUAAACAUUUCUAUGGUCACUGUAGCGGCUGGUCCAAACUCUCCAAUAUUUUCUAAUAAAACUGCUUAUCCUGAAUUUAUGAGAAUGGUUCCAAGCGCCAACUAUAAUGCAGUAAUCAUGAUUAAAUUAUGCCAAAUCUUUUCUUGGAAAAAUGUUGUCGUGGUCUACUCAAAUGUCAGUGCAAAUAUCGCAAUCUAUGAAGUCUUCAAGUCUGAAGCAGACAGUGCUGGGAUUACAAUAGCAAAUGAUGAAGAUAAGAGAAUGCUUCCUUUGAAUUAUGCAAGAACUCAAUAUCAAGAAUACAAAUACAUUUUCGAUCACAUUCGUGAUACGAACGUAAGGAUAUUUGUUACCUUUCAAACAGCAAGCUCCAAUUAUCAGGCUGUAGAAGGACUCUAUGAUUCAGGGCUGAGGAGCGGAGAAAUCAUUUGCUUUUUCCCUACAAAGACAGGAGGCCAAUCUACAUUUAGCACAAUGCCAGCUGCUUCUGUGGUAAAAUUAGCGAACCUCAUGAAUGGAGCCAUUAGUGUGUCUGCAAUCGAAUAUACCGGAACAUUCGGCAACGAAAUUAAAACACUCAUGGCCGCUUACUGAGGCAAUACGCCUAGUUUUAAAGCUACUCAUUUUGAUAAUACUUUUUUCUCAGCUUAUGGGCUCGAUACCACUAUUAACCGAGGAGAAGAUUUUGAAAACUCCACAAUUUUGAAUAGAAAUUUGCGAAAGCAAAGGAUAACAAGUGCAUCGGGAGUAAUUUCAAUCGACUCAAGUUCAAAUGAUCGAAGCUACAUGGUUUUGGACAUACUUAAUACCUAUCAAUAUGUCACAAAUUCUUCAUUUGUAGAAGUAAUUGCAGGGAAUUAUAUUCCAACUUCUAGUAAUCCUAUACAAUUUUACACUAAUCUUACAUGGCCAGGCUAUACAUCAACAACUCCGACUGAUACAAGAACUCCUGAUAGCUCCUGCCCUUUUGAUGAGUCUGAUGCGACUACGUCAGUUAAAGGGAUUGCAGCACUUGCAACGAUAUGCAUAUCAAUGGCUCUCAUGGCUAUACUUAUAGCCAUUUUUAUAUGAAAGCAAUAUUCGCACAGUGAUGUCAAAAAACUAACUGAACCAAAAGAAAUCCAAUUUGCUGAUUCCAUUAUUUUUGCGACAAUGAUCAUUGAAACCUUCCAAUACAUUAAUAUAGGGCCAAGCUUCAACUCUGAUCCUAUUACUGGGUAUAUUGGUGGAGUGUUUAAUAUUGAUUUGAAAAACGUCGUUUCUCUUAAAGGAGACACUUACUUUGCUUUUAUGGACGUUGUUUUUACUUUAGUUGGGUUUUGGCUAUUGAUGUUUAUUAUUUUGAUUCGAACUCACACAGGCUGUGUUGAGAAAAUUUGGAUUUUUAAAUUUUUAUCUACAAGUGCUCAUGAUAUUAUGUCAAUACUUGGAAACUUGCUUUUUCUCCCAAUAAUGACUUCACUAUUAUCGGUAUUUCAGUGCUCCAAAUCCAUAGGUGACAAUUUGGAGGACAGUUAUAUGGAUAUCGAUUGUAACCAGUAUUGCUGAACUGGAAGACAUCUAAGUUAUGCUAUAUCAUCUAUAAUAGCACUCUUGAUAUAUUUCCCUCUAGCUGUUAUAUAUCGACCUGUAUGACAAAGCUUGCAGCUUCAGCAGAAUUUACGUUGCCAACCUAAAUAUUUACUUACUCCCCCCCCCCCCCCUCCGUGAGCGAACAAAAAAAUUUUGUUCGCUCACGGAGGGGGGUUAAUUUUUUUUUUUUAAAAAAAAUUUAUAUAUAAAUUUUAUAAAAAAUAUUUUUUUUCGAAAUUUAAAAAAAAUCCCUAUUUGCAAAAAUUGGGAAGCAAAUAUUAAUUUAAUUUGCAAAAUUUAUGUUUUAAAACGCAAUUUGUUUAAAAUUAAACAGAAUUAGCUCUAGAUUUCAUUAUACUAAUUAUCACUUAUAUAUCAAAAUUUUUUUCCAUUAAAAUUUUUUCUAUUAAAAAAAUUUUUGUUCACUCACGGAGGGUGGGUUUUUGGUCAAAAAAUGGCGAUUUUUCUAAUGGUUUUGUUCGCUCACGGGGGGGGGGGGAGUUAUAAAAAGUUGUGCACAAGUUAUCUUUAUCACUGUAAAUAAGACUCUAAAGCUUGUCGAUAGUAUCGCUCAAGGAUUGACUUAUCUUUUACUAUUUAGUUUAUUUAUUUUUUACAAUUUGAAAUUCAAGCCUUAUAAUUAUGAUAGGGCUAAUAUGUGGCAAGUAAUCUUAUUUAUAUGUGUAGCAUGAUCAGUGCUGUUUUCCAGUAUAUCUAAAGCUGUAGAUACUGGCCUUAUUGUAAUCAUGAUAAUUAAGAUAAUAGGCUGAUCAGCACUUAUUACAAUUGGAUUUGUUUUGCAAGUUAAAAAGUUCCCAAGUUUACUUUAUAGACCUCAACCCCAAAGUAUAGCAAAAUUAUUUUUAUUUUUGCUUACCUCAAAAGUCAGCGCGCAGGAGCUGGAUAAAAGAGCAUUAAAAUAUGUGGUUUCUAAGAAAGGCGAAAAUAAAGAUGAUAGCUCGAUAAUCCAAAUCGAUGAUAAAACUCAAGCAAAGGUUUCUAUUAUUGGAGAUGAAUCAACAAGAAGAGAAAUGCUCGGAAUGCUUGGAUCGUUUAGAGAGGAAGGAAGUCCGCAUUAA